AUGAAGGCCACAUUCUUCGUUUCCCUUAUCCUCUCUCUCGGCGUCGCUGCCACCCCCGCUGUCGACACUACCACCAUUGAGGACGGUGGCUACACCUACACUGGUAUCGACAAGCCCCUCCUUGCUCUCCGUGGUCUCGAAGCCCGAUGCGACUGCUUCCCCUGCUACUCUCCUCACGCUGACUGCAGCCCCGGAAAGUGCCAGUGUGCUGGCAACUACGGUUGCUGGUCUUGCGGUGGCGGACGUAUGCAGUGCCAGCCCGGCCCCGGCUCUGGACAGUGCUGGACCUAA